AUGAAGUUUACCAGCAUCAGCUUCCCAGUACUCCUUCAAGCCCUCCUGCUUGGAACAGCACAAUCGACAAUGGUCUUCAGCUAUAACCAAACGGCCAGCUCACCCAACAACACAAAGUCGUCUGAGAUUGAGGUCACAAAUAGCUGUGAUCUUACUCCGUUCUUCGGGCCCAGCACAUAUAAGUGCGCCGCAGAGCCUAUGAGUCAGGCUCGCAUCUGCGCAGGUGAUGAGCUGUCGCGAGUCACAGCAAUGGUCAUGGCCGACCAGUCAGCCCCUACUUGCAUGGCAGGCUCGUUCGGUCUGACUUCGGGUUACUGA